CGACGACGACGCCUCCGUCUGCUUCCGCCGCCGCGCGCAGCCGCAGCCGCACCGCCAACCACCGCCGGCGGGGGAGGGGAUAGGCCGCGUGGGGGGAUGCCGUCGGGGAGCUCCUCCGGCGACAUGGGCAGCUCAGGGGCCAAAGAGGUGAUUUCGGAUGAUGCACUGCCAGCUUCAGGAAGUGCUGAGAGUUCGCAGCAGAAGUCUACUGAUGUUGACACAAAAUCACGUGUUGAUGAUAUCUGGAAGAAAAUGAACAGUGGAUUGCCAGCUAAUCUGCCCAAGCCUGUAAUGAAUAAGCUCAGUAUGCCUGGUAAAGAAAAGAAAAGUAAGGGAGCAAAUAAUUGGAUGAGUGUUCUUGGCCUUUCACCAAGUAAGGCUUCCAUAAAUGAUCAACCCUCCAAAAAUGGCCAAAAGCAGGCACAACAAGAAUCAAGUGAGGACGCCAAAAAACUUGCAGCAAAUGCUAUUGCAGCUGUUAGAGAUGCUGCUUCUGCUGCAGCUGGAAGAGGGAAAGUGGAGAUCACGGAGGUUAGGGACUUUGCUGGCAAGGAUAUUGAGAUCAGGAAACUGGUAGAUGCCGAUUCAAAAGAAGCGAUAGAGAAGGCCAAGGCAGCUGGUGUCGCCCCAUCUGCCCUCGACAACAUUCUCGAGCAGAUAAAGAAGAAGCAGAAGCUGAGCGUCCUGGACAAGACGAAGAAAGACUGGGGUGAGUUCAAGGAAGAGAACAAAGGCAUGGAGGAGGAGCUGGACCAAUACAAGAAGAGCUCAAACAAAUACCUGGACAAGGUGUCAUUCUUGCAGAGAGCCGACUACAGAGAGUUCGAGCGCGAGAGGGAUGCGCGGCUGUCCAUGAUGUCUAAGCGGAAGUCUGAUAUGCGGGAGGAUGAUGUGUAGGGCCUGAAAAAAACUAUAUAUUGUAGCAGCUCAUUGCCCUCCCGUUCUUGUAGACAUUCUUCUGAGAUAAUGAUGCAGACAUCAUUUUGUUUUUGCCCUCUUCUUGAUGAUUGUGAAUGAAGAAGAAGAUGAUGAGGUGCUCAUUG